AUGAGGCUAAAAGCCCUUGACCUGAGGCGCCAGAAAACCACGGAUUCCUCAAGCACUUCGGCUUUAAACGAAUCGCCUAUCUUCAGUCAACAUACGAGUCAAAUAUCUAAGGAAUUGGACGCCUACAAAGCAAAAUACAAUGCAGUACAAAAGAAGUACCACAAUGAGAGAAGGAGGAAUAGGAGACUGGAAGAGGCGAACAGGGAAUGGAAGGACAAGGCGAAACAGGCGAGGACGAGUCACAGUAGGACCCAGGGGUAUGUUCUGCAGCUGGAGAAGCAAUUAGGCGUGGUGCAAAGCGAUGCAGAACAGGUGGUUGGGGCUCUGGAGGACCGGGUACACAAUCUGAAGGACAGCAUGAAGGACCUCAACAAGAAGCAUUCCAUUCUUCGAAGACGAUGCAGACGGCUCGAAAAAAUGAAUCAGAACCUGAAGCAACGAAAGAAGAAGAUGAUGAUAAACCGACCUAGCGCAUUUCGACUUCGUUAUAAGGGAACCUACACUGCAGAGGCAAGGGCACUGGCCCGGUACAUGGUUGCUACUGGAACUGCUGAAGCGAAGGUUGGAGAAGCGAUUCAACGCAUAGGGUCGGUUAUGGGGCUGGAUGUUGAGCACAAGAUGUCGAAACGGACGGUACAACGCGCGGUUAUGGAGGGAGGGAUUGCUGGAGACAUUCAACUUGCAGUGGAGAUUCUUGGGGCGAGCAAACUAUGCUUCAGCUCGGAUUCCACAUCACACAGGCACAUUGAGUACGAAUCCCGAACGAUUGCGCUUCAAGUUAUCGAUUAUAACGACCCCAAUGCGAAACCGGCGUGGCGAAUGCGUACUCUGGGUGUAGACACGUCGGUUAACCAUACAAGCGAGACCCAGGUCGAAGGACUGAAGAAACGACUUCAAGAAAUCGCCGAAAUCUUCAAUUCAUCGCCCCUGGCCAUACGGGAAGGCCUUCACUUCGAUUCGGACGAUUUUGCAUUCCGCCUUUAUGGAACAAGCGGUGACCACGCUGCAGACCAUCUAUAA